CGCAGAUCGAUACACGACGUAAGCCUCCGACGGCAAGGACGAGGAACACGAAGCGCCUCGAAAAGGUCAAGUGCGUGUCGGAAAAACGCAUGAAAGGAGACACUCGCUCACAUCAGACUACCCUCGGGAAACAAGUGGAAACGACAUCUACGGGGCACGAAUGGGUUUAUAAUUAUGUAGACGAAGCGCGCGCACCAUUUGCCGAGUAUCCUUUCAAGUACCGGUCAAGAGGCAAGAACGCCAUACACUCUGCGGUCAGUGUGUUCGCUGACUAUCAUCGCGUAGCGGCUCUUCAAUCACUCCAAAUCAUUUCUAGAUCACCAAGUCUGAUCCACUGCACGAGAGGUCGGAGGACAACAUGAGCAGAGACGAACUUCGAGAGCUCGUUCGACAGCUGAAGAACAGGCAGUCGUCAACCAUCCCUGUGAAGCGCGAGCCGAGCCGCGAUAGCGUUUCACGCGCAAUCGACAGACAUCCAGAGUACAGCC